AUGUCAGAUGUAAAAGACGGCGCUAUGUCCUUGGUCGAGGGUGCUAAAAUCUCCAAGGGUAACGUGAGUACUCCGCAAUCUCCUCUACUCGAUGUUAAUCCGCCCUCACGUGCCGUACCCACACUUGUAGUCUGUUGUAACACAAGGUGCCAUGAUUUCAUCAUAGGAUGCGGUGCUAAUGCCCAUCAUACUCUGUGGGGGAGCUCGGAUAUAAAUGACAGGGGUGAGUGUUUACUUCAAUACCUUCUAUCUACUAACCUAAGUGUUUGCAAUAAGGGUAAUAGACCAACGUUCUUCAAUAGGAUCAGGGAGCAGGUCAUUGAUAUUACUUUGGUAGGGAACACUGACUCAGUUAGAAUUCUUGAUUGGAGAGUAUCACUCGAGUGCUCUUUCUCCGAUCACCACAGGAUAGUUUUUACGAUACAGCUUACACUGGAUAGGGAAAAACCCUUUAGAAAUCCUAGGAAAACCGACUGGGUCAAAUUCAGUAAUCUUAGUGACACCAUACCACCUCCAGCAAUGGAUGGACUAAAUGGUACACGGGACUUGGACGACUCGGUAGAUUUUCUAUCCAGGUCAUUAAGGGAAGCCUACUAUGCUUCGUGUAGGGAGCGGCAGGGACCUAGGAGAUUCCGGCAACAAUGGUGGAAUCCUAGACUAAUGCAGCUAAGAAGGGAAUGUAGAAAACUUUUUAUUAAGGCGAAGAGGGACCAAGACUUGUUGAGCUGGGACGAUUAUCGUCAAAGCUUCAACACUUUCAAUAGGGAAACCAGACGGGAAAAAAAGGAAUCUUGGGAGCGUUUCUGUGAGGAACUGGAGAAUACCACGGAGGCAUCGCGUAUACGAAAGGUACUAUCCAAAGAUCCUGGUACGCCUGGAUUCCUGAUGAAGCCGGAUGGUAACUUUACUGAAAGUAGUACCGAAACUUUGGAACUGCUUAUGGAGACACACUGUGACAAGAGGCACACCACAAAGUGGUGUCAUCUCUCCACUUCUGUGGAAUCUUGUCGUAAAUAA